AUGCUCACGGGGGACCAUGCAGCUUCGGCACACCGGGUGGCAGCAGCGGUGGGGAUUGAGGGAGGGGAGGUGGAGGCGGGAUUGAGGCCAGAGGAUAAGCUGAGGGCGGUUGAGGCGAUGACUGGGAGGAUGGGGAGGGAGGGGAGGGGAGGUGUGCUGAUGGUGGGGGAUGGUAUCAACGAUGCGCCUGCUCUGGCUGCUGCUACGGUCGGGGUGGUGCUGGCGGAGAGAGCAAGCGCAACAGCGGUGGCGGCAGCAGACGUGCUUCUAUUGAAGGACAAUAUCUCCGAGCUCCCGUUCCUGGUGGCCAAGGCUCGGCAAACCACCCUCAUUCAUCUCUCUCCUUGCCUGUGCUCCUCCCUGCCCUUUCCUCAAAACCCGUCCGUGUCCCCUUGCCCUUGCUCACACCAGGUGAAGCAGAGCGUGGCACUCGCCCUCACAUGCAUACUGCUCGCACUCCUCCCCGCCCUUCUGGGGCAUAUGCCCCUCUGGCUCACGGUGUUGCUUCACGAGGGCGGUACGCUUCUAGUCUGCCUCAACUCCAUCAGAGCGCUCCACCCGUCGCCUCUUCGCCGCCCCGGCCUCACCUCGCGCUUCCUGCAGCGAGCCCAAUUGCUGCUGGAGAGGCUGGUGGGACAGCAGCCGGGUGCUAAUAUCGGUAAUGGAGCAGCUACUAAGGGGGGUGUUCCAUCAGCAGGGAUGCCUUGA